UCUCCAGUCAGUAUUAUUAGUCCCUCCUCGACUAAAAACUUUAUACUACUUGCUGCUGCUCUUCUAACAUUCAUCAAGUGAAGUGAAGUGCAAGUGCAUCUCUCUUCUUCAUCUUUGCAAAGAGAACGACUAAAUAAUAACUGAGCUGCACUUGUGAGAUGAGACUUUUUAUUAGUGCACUUUAGCAAAUACGAGAAGAAUUAGUAGACUGACACAUGAAUUACACAUUAAUUAGGUAGAGCUGUUAUAGUUAUUAGACGACGCGAGAGAGCUGUAUGGAGCUGCUCGUUGAUUAUAGAGUCUAGGAGUUCAGUUUCACUAGAAGUUAUUAGUCUUAAUUUAAUGCCAUAGAUGAUCUCAAGUUAAUAGCGUUCCCUUGUUCUCUGAAUGAGCUUUGUGAAAAAAUAGGAUCUCAAAUAGUUGUUCGUAGUUUGUUUCGAGAUGUAGAAAACGAAAAUAUCAAAAUUUCUUCCAAAAUCACUUGUCAGCAUCACUUUAUACAACACACGCCACAUAAUUCCUGCAACUUUAUUACUCAAAUGACGAACAAUUUUGUCAAAAUUCAACAAAGGAAGCCAACAUUAAUGGAGCUUUAUCUGCUAUCGUCGUAGCUUGUCACGAUAUAGAAUCUCUCAUCCCCGGUGAAAAUAAAAUAACAUGAAGUCGUCAACAAAUAUGACAAAACAACGCCAAAAAGUUUUCAGCAUCGCAUUUACUGUACAAAUUCUAAUACUCGUGAUUUGUGGAAUUGAAACGGUUCGUUCCUUAAAAUUCAUACUGGAGCCAGAUGACGCCGUGGUGCCAAGGGGUGCGGGCGUCGUUUUAAACUGUGCUGCAAGAGGAGAAGGUGUGCUUUCUCCGAGAAUUUCGUGGAAGAAGGAUGGCGUCCUCUUGUCCUUUAUCGGAGAUUCUAGAAGCGCGGAUGAUAAUGACUAUGAGAGGUCCAUCCUUGCCAAUGGCUCCUUACACAUAACGUCUUUGAUCCGAGCGAGGGAUUCCCGUCCUGAAGAAGGGUCUUAUCAAUGUGUCGCAACAUUAGAUGGAACGGGGACAAUACUGUCUCGGUUCGCCAAAGUUCAAGCAGCUUCCAUUGUGAGAUUUGAAGAGGAACCAGAAGACAUUAGCAUAGCGUUAGGUCAGACGGCUCGAUUUAGCUGUAAUGCUGAGGGGAUACCGCCUCCAAAAAUUUCCUGGAUCAAGGACAAUCAACCCUUGAUUAUGGAUGACAUUAGGAUGUCAGUUCUCCCGUCGGGUUCACUAGAAAUAACAAAAAUACGUGAGAGCGAUCAAGGUGUAUAUAAAUGUCACGUGUCAAAUUCGGAUAGACAGCAUAUUAGUCGGACAGGAAGAUUGGUGCUGAAUCCUAACCCAGACCGCGAUACACCUCCCUCGUUCACCGUAAUCCCUAAAAGCCGGACAGUUACCGCUUUGGACACGAUUAUAUUGGAAUGUUCUGCCGUGGCAUACCCGCUUCCUAGAAUAUCCUGGUUGAAAGACGGUGUAACAAUUGAUCUCGAAAAUAAGCACACAAGAUACUCUUUAGUUGGAGAAGCAAAUCUCAAGAUAACACGUGUGGAGGAAGUAGAUCGAGGAACAUAUUUAUGUAGAGCUGAAAACAGAGAGGACUCGUCAGAUAUUUCUGCAACAAUUGAUGUUCUAGUUCCACCUAAAGCGCUUCCAUCACUUACAAAUUUUUACGCUUAUGAAAAAGAAGAUGUUGAGCUUCCAUGUAGAAUCACUGGACGACCACAACCCCCCAUCAUUUGGAGAAAAAACGGAGAGACGAUAAUUGAAGGAGAUUACUUUCAAAUUGUGCACGGAAAUAGUCUCAAAAUCCUCGGCUUGGUGACCACAGAUGCUGGAAUGUACCAAUGUUUUGGAGCUAAUUCGGCCGGAAAUGUACAAACUGGAGUUCAUUUACAAGUAUUACGACCAGGCCAAGAAAUGCCUGAGCCCGAGUUUGUCUGGGAUUUUGAUGAUGAGUUGCCAUUAAUGGAUACCUUACCCCCAUCUCCCUCAUCACCAUUCUCGUCUCAUCAUACAGGUCAAAUACUCCCUACGUCUUCUUCAGCCACUACCGAUUUGAGCAAUCACUCUCCGUCCGGAGGACCAUCUGCUCCUCGAGACAUUUCCGCCGUUCUCAUUUCCACUCGCUUUGUUACACUUACGUGGAAAGCACCAAUCAUCACCAAUGGGAAUAUCAUUGCUUAUGCUAUCUACUACAAAGAGAUUGGAUCGGACCGAGAACGGACCAGAAAUACGACAACAGGGCGGCUAGAGGAAGUAAAUAUACAAGGACUUCAACCCAAUAAACGAUACACCUUUCGAAUUGUCCCAUACAAUGAGAAAAGUUCUGGAGUUAGUUCUCCCGAGAUCGCAGUGACGACACAGCCAGAGGUCAACGUUCCUGGUUCUCCGGCAAAUUUGAGACCCGUCCUAGUCACUCCGACAAGUAUUAAGCUUGCCUGGUCUCAGCCGGAAGUGAGCAACGGAAAUAUUCAGCGCUAUAAAGUAUAUUAUGUAGAGGCCAGCUCAAAAACGAGUACUUCCGGCACAGUCAAGUUAAUAGAGGAAGAUGAUGACACAGCAGAAGAAGAUGAUGGUGAAAUUGAAGACUAUCUCUUGCCAAACAACGGAGGCAUUCAGUCCAAAACGGUUAACAUACCGGAAGUUGUCAUUGAGGAUUUAAAGAUUUAUACAGAAUAUUAUAUUUGGGUUCUUGCCUUCAAUCAGAAUGGGCCUGGCCCUAGCUCAGAAGAAAUCAAAAUAGUAACUUUAUCUGAUGUUCCUGCUGAUACUCCGCACAACGUGACGGUUGAGUCUGCUUCAUCAACGAGCAUUGUUGUCCGCUGGGAGCCUCCUCCAGUGGAAUUCAGAAAUGGAAUCAUCACUGGUUACAAGAUUAAGUAUAAACAAAAGAAAAAGCGAGCAGAGACUGUUACAACGGACGGAAAUACAUUGUUCAUGGUUAUGAACGAGUUGGAAAAAGGGAUGGAGUAUCAGAUUAAAUUGGCAGCUUUAAAUUUGAACGGCACUGGACCGUUUACUGAAUGGAUUCCUGCAGUCACGUUUGAAAGAGAUUUAGAUGAAACGAGAGUACCAUUAAAACCAAUUACCAUCCAAGCUCAAGCGUCAUCAGACUCCAUCACUAUAAGUUGGAUGCCACCCCGGAACCAGAACAUAAUGAUUCGCGGUUACACAAUUGGUUGGGGUAAGGGAAUUCCAGACGUGUAUACAAAACUGGUCGAAGGAAAACGCCGCCUGUACAUCAUCGAAGACUUGCAACCCAAUUCUGACUACGUAAUCUCAGUUCGAGCUUUCAACCAAGUUGGAGACGGCGAACCUAUCUAUGUCAACGAGAGAACGAAAUCAACCUCUGACGAAGAGUUUGGGGGUGGUCCCAUGAUGGCCCAGUUGCCACCACCCAUUGGGCUAAGAGCUGUAAUUUUGUCAUCAACUUCCGCUGUGCUAUACUGGACAGAUUCAUCCUUGUCACGAACUCAACUUGCGACUGACAACCGUUAUUACGUGGUUCGAUUUUUACCCACGGAACAAAGUUCAGCCCUUGGCCCUAAAAAGACGUCGCCAAAGUUGGUGAAUACAACCCAAAUGAACACAAUUCUGGAUGAUUUACGACCCGGAACUCAAUAUGAAUUUAGCGUUAAAGUUGUAAAGAACCGAUUGUCCUCAGAAUGGAGUUUAGUGGCCAUAAACACCACGUUUAGUUUGGCGUUGUUGGCACCACCCCAGGAUAUCACGACUCUUGCAUUCACACUAGCUGACGGAACUUCCAGUGUAAUCGUAAACUGGCAACCACCCAAGGCCACUGGGGAAGACGAAGUUAAGGGAUAUGUCGUAUUUUACACGACAAAGCCAUCUCUGAAGGAAUGGGUGGAAGAAGCUGUUCCUGAAGAUGUUCUUACUCACAGAGUGCAAGGCCUAACCCCGGAUACGAAUUACUACUUCCGGAUGGCUGCAAAAUAUCCGAAAGGCCUUGGUCUAUACACAGACAUUAAAUCAGCAGCAACUCCACCGGCAAAAACUCUUUAUGGAAAUGGAUUUGGCAACGGAGUGCGAAAUAAUCCUUAUGAACAUGAUAUAAGACCGCAGGACAUUGUUCUUUACGUUUUAAUCGGACUCUCGGUUCUUUUGGCAUUGGCAAGUAUUAUGUUGUGCAUUUAUUACAGAAGAAAGGGAGGUUCUCCAUCACCUAAUAAGAACAGCUCGUUAAAGAAAUCACGCAAACCAGAUCAACUUAAGCCACCCGACCUGUGGAUCCAUCAUGAUCAUAUGGAGCUUAAAAAUGUAGAAAAAAGCGGUCGCCAUACAGAUAGUCUUAUCAGUCCUUCUAGCCGAGGAUCCAGAGAAUAUACUGAUCUUGAUGAGAAAAUUCCGCUCCAAUGCAACACCAACUCGUUAGACAAGAAAAACUUUUUGUCUUCAUAUCUCGUUACUGGAGGUGGUCAUGACGGACGUGGCACAUUAACCGGCCGAAGCGUAAAAUCUCAAAUUCUUAGUGACACAUCCGGUCAUAUGAGCGAUGGCACCAAAACUUAUGAAACGACUGCCAGUGGAUCUUCUGCUGCUUCCAGCCAAAAUAACUUGCACACAAUGGCUCAAUACAGUGCUACUUCCGAGUACGGAACCCAAUCCGGUGGUAGCACAUUGGGAACAUUGAACCGUCGAACCCUUAGUAGUGGUGGUACAGGGAACCUUAAAAGUUUUUCUGUUCCCACACCUCCCACUGCUGGUUAUCCAUACCAGCCAAACACUUCUCAAAAUAAGAUGAACAUCCGUCCCAUGGGUGGAGGCGUGGUCGGAAUCCACCCAAGCAACGAUUUGUCCGCCCAACGUUCCCCCAAAAGGGUCUCAACCUCGCAACUGCCACCAAUGGUUGUUGGAUUUUCUAAGUCAAUUAGUCCCCGUGGAGGUGCAGGGGGCUAUUCCUCCUCCGGGGAAGCUUCACCCAUACAAAAAUGCUAUAGCACAGAGCAGCUAAACAAUGAAAUUUCUAACUUAGAAGGACUUAUGAAAGACCUUAAUGCAAUUACUGCAUCCGAGUUCCAAUGCUAAAUCCUGCAUAUAUAGCGUAUCAUCCAACAUUACAUUAUGUAUUUAUUACUGCGUACACACAUACAUGCACAAUUUACUACUUAAUCUCUCAUUUUAUUUAUAUAAGAAACGCAAGCAUUUCAUAUGUAUACUCAGGAAUGACCAACAUAAUUUAUAUAUAUGAUUUUUAAAAUAUUUAUUUAUUUUUUAGCAAUUCGUUGAAACAUUUUUACGUGAUUUUUGUUUUUUUAGCUGUGUUUUUUACCUGGUGAACUCCGAGUAAAAAAUUGUUCUCUAUCACAUUUCAAUAUUGUAAAUAUUUAUUACGUGAGAUCGAAACUUAUAUACCUACUUACUCUCUUUCUCAGUGUUCAUUAUCCGUGUGAUGUAAUAUAUUGAUACAACGUAGUAUUUAGCAACUAUUAUUAUUAUUAAAUUAUUAGCUGUAUCUGUACAAACAAAGAAAGUACAUACAUGCAUAUAUAGGAUAAUACAACUUGACUGUCGUUUUUGUAACAUUUCUAAUUUAGCCUAUAUUUUUAAAGUCAUAAGAUUAACGAAGCUGUGAAUUUUUUCCAAACUCAAAUCUCAACUUUUUUUACCAUUCAUAUACUAAACUUGACUGCAGAACGAUUUCUCGAAUCUUGAAAAUAAAUGAAUAAAUAUUGCAAAAAAAAGAAGCGUGA